AUGAAGCUGUUUUGCCCCAAAGAUGAAUUCGCGGCCAAAAAGAUUCGGCUGGUCGCCGCCUUUGCGGGGAUUACUCUAGAACAUCCCGACUUCGAAAAAGGGAAGACGGAGGUGUCUCCGUUUGGGCGUUGGCCGUGUCUGGAGACAGCAGAAGGGGAAUUAAUAUUUGGAAGUAAUUCCAUUUGCAUUUAUUUAUCUCUUUUGCACCAAGAGACUCACUUGGGGGGGGAGAGUUUGCUGCUGCAGUCCCAAGUUGCUGCCUGGUUGGAAGCUGCUGCUCGCGAGAUCGAGGUGCCGCUUGCUGCGCUGCAGCAGCAGCAGCAGCAGCAGCAGCAGCAGCAGCAGCAGCAGCAGCAGCGGGCUGCUGCGGACGUGGCUGCUGCGCUUGCUGCAGUGGACAGACACCUGCAGCUGCGCACUGUGCUUGUGGGGCAGCGGAUAACAGCAGCAGACAUCUGUGUUGCUGCUGCAGUGGUUUAUCUGCAGCAGCAGGCGGCUCGCGCGCCGCAGCAGCAGCAGCUGCAGCAGCUGCUGCAGCAGCAGCAGCAGCUGCCGCACCUGCGCCGCUGGCUGCAGCUGCUGGUCAACCAGCCCGCCUUCAAGGCCAUGGCUGCUGCCUGCAGCGCCCUCAGCAGCAGCAGCAGCAGCAGCAGCAGCAGCAGCAGCAGCGGGAAGCCCGCGGCGCCCAGCGGCGCUGCGGCGCCCGUUCGAACGCCCGCAGCGAGCAGCAGCAGCAGCAGCAGCAGCAGCAGCAGCAGCAGCAGCAGCAGCAGCAGCAAAUGCGCGCUAGACCUGCUGCCGGCGAGCAGCAUGGACCUAAAUGAGUGGAAAAGAGUCUACAGCAACAGCAAAGACCUGCGCGGCGCUGCACUCCCCUGGCUCUGGCAGCACUUGGACUUUUCGGGGUUUUGUUUUUAUUUUAUGAAAUAUUUAAAAUUAAAAGAUGAAUGCAAAAUAUCUUUUUUAACUUCCAACCAACUCGGAGGAUUCCUCCAAAGAGUGGACCCUUGCAUGCGCCGCCACGCCUUCGCAGUCCUCGACGUGCUGCAGCAGCAGCCGCAGCAGCAGCAGCAGCAGCAGCAGCAGCAGCAGCAGCAGCAGCAGCAGCAGCAGCAGCAGGGGGAGGAGGGGGGGUUUGAUAUUGAGGGCGUGUGGCUGUUUAGGGGGCAGCAAAUCCCGCGGGAAAUGGAAGAACAUCCUUCUUUUGAAUAUCACGAGUGGAGACUUUUAAAUCCAAAAAACGAAAAAGACAAAAAAUUAAUUGAAGACUUUUUCUGCAACUGCGAGGAUAUCCAGGGAAGGCCCAUUGCGGACUCCAAGGUCUGGAAGUUUUCUCCAAAGUUCUUCUGCUGCGAUGCCGCACUCAAAGAAAAGCGAAAGGGGCAGCUGGCUGCGCCGGCUCUUCCCCUUCCUGCACAAGAAGCAGCAGCAGCAGGAGGACCCGCAGCAGCAGCAGCAAGGAAGUGGGACUACCAGCAGCAAGGGGCGGACUGGGGGGAUGUUGUUGCUGCUGGCAUGUCUUGCAAGCGGCAGAGUCCAAUAGAAGUGGAUGCUGCUGCGCUGCAGCGGCUGGUGGACCGCUGCAGCAGCAGCAGCAGCAGCAGCGCAGCAGCAGCAGCAGCAGCAGAGGAAGUAGCUGCCACGGGAAACCCGCUGAAAGUGGCCCCUGCGGAGAUGCGGCUGGGCAACGAGCUGGCAGCAGCAGCAGCAGCAGCAGCAAACCAAGUGGUCUUCGACUGGGGAAUGAAGCUGCAGCUAAAACCUGCUGCAGCAGCAAACUUCGGCAGCUUAGCAGCAGCAGCAAACAAGUACGAGGUGCAGCAGUUCCACUUCCACGCUCCAGCUGAACAUACACUCGGCGGCCGCAGCAGCAUCGAGCUGCACGUGGUCUGCAAGUGUACAGACACUGCAGCAGCAGCAGCAGCAGCAGCAGCAGCAGCAGCAGGAGCAGCAGCAAACCCGAACCUCGUCUUGGGCAUUUUCUUCGAAGCAAAAGAAGGAGCAGCAGACCAUCCCUUCCUGCUUUGCUGCGAGCGGGCCCUCGCGCAGCAGCAGCAGCAGCAGCAGCAGCAGCAGCAGCAGGAGCUGCCUGCUGCUGUGCGCGAGGCGCUGCAGCAAGCUGCUGCUGCUGCUGCAGCAGCAGCAGCAAAUGGCAGCAGCAAAGACACAAUCAAUUUGAAAGAAUUAAUUGACGAAGACCAAAUCCUUGUCACUUAUGAAGGAUCUCUCACAACUCCCCCUUGCACUGAAAAUGUCCUCUGGUAUCUGCGGCGCGAGCCCAUCCCCACGAGUCCGGAGCAGGCGAAGAGGUUUUCUCUUUACUUGAAAAGAGGCGAAGGGGCCCAGGCCCGCAGCAACUACAGACUCCGCCAAAACGUAGAGGUCAAGGCAAACGACCAGACCCUCUACGUUUGGAUUCCUGCGCUGCAGCAGAAGACAGAAUAA